AUGUGGUAUGAGAAAAAGUAUGGGAAUCAUUUUGUACAUCAAAAUUAUGGAUAUAUAGUAAUGUUUCCAUUUUUGUGCUUUAAUGUGGAUUUUUGUUAUUGUGAAUCUUCGUUUUGUAGAGAAUCAAGGGAGAACGAAGCAUACGAGGAGGAGCUUCUCGACUAUGAAGAAGACGAAGAGAAAGCCCCGGAUUCAGUCGGUGCCAAAGUUAAUGGCGAAGCUGCCAAAAAGGGCUAUGUUGGAAUGCACAGUUCAGAAUUCAGAGACUUCCUCCUGAAGCCAGAGCUUCUCCGAGCUAUUGUGGAUUCUGGAUUUGAGCAUCCUUCUGAAGGCAAACCACAAAACUCAUUAUUUUUGUUGCUUUUAGUUCAUAGCUAAUUAGCUAUGAUUUUACACCAACCCAUUUUUUUCAAUCACCAAGCUAUUUGUUUGAAAUAUUGUAGAGAAAGUUUACAAAAAAAAGUUAUGUAUUGUCAUUAGCCCAAUCGGAAAUGGCCUUGUAAGAUAUACCUCAUGCAGGCUUAGAGCAUCCGAGUGGGUCUUACCGUUAAGAAGAUCAUUGGAUUGGUUAAUGGGCUUAGCCCUAGACUUGUAAGAUA